GCAUGUACAAUGGCAAUAAAGACAUGCACAUGCAUGCAUUUAUUCAUUCAUUCAUUGCUGGCUUGAAUGGAUCUGGGUGUCUAUUUUGAUUCUUGAUAACCUAUGCAUGGCCGAUGUUCUAGAUCUAGAUGGUGUAAACUUCGAUUCUUAAAAAACCUAUGCAUGGCCGAUGUUCUAGAUCUAUAUGGUGUAAACUGUUUUGUUCCAUUUGCCAUUGAGGAAAAUUCGAUCACAAGUGAAGGUUGUGAUUUGUUUAAACAGCACAAGGAAAACUCCAAUGAUAAACUUAAAUGGUAAAUCAUGCUGCUUUUUGCGAAUAGGCUACUAGGAUAGGCCUACCUUUUUUCUAAUUCUAAAAAAUGAAAUUAACCCCAGCAUCGCGCUACCUGACACCUGGAGAAUAGGCUAUCCUGCCUCGCAUAACUAAACGGUGCGUAGGCUACGAAGCAGUCCUUUCCUGACAAUUACGUAACCGCGCGCAUUAUCCUCCUAGGUUUAGCACAUUUUCAACGGAGACGGAAUCGAAGUAUGAAUAUGAUUGGAUUUGCAAUCGGCUUCAGAGAUUGGGCUAGUAGGGAAAGCCCAGUGAGUUGUGGAGAGGCACAACGUGACCUGACAACAAGGAACCUCCGGGAAAACCGUCAGUCCCAAACUAUGUGCGAAAAGGGGGCCGUCAAGGGGAGAAACGUGCCACGGCGUCUAAAUUGGUGUGCAUGUUAUGCCUCAAUUGGGUACAAAUAAUAUGGAUGUUGAUUUGUCCUCUUAAAUAUAAUGUCAUUGGGCUAGUUAAUAAUUCGGUCACACAGUUAAUAGAAAUAUAUUCAUCCAAGGCUAUAUGUUUUUCGAACCUCUCGAGCCUCCCUGGCGUUCUUUCGUUGAGGGGCGGGGACGGGACCCCCGCUGACGUCAGAGGGCCUGUCCGUUUCCUGCAAUAGAAAGUGAGAGAGGGCAGAGAAAGAACAGACCUGUGUGAGAGAGGGAAAACCCUGACAACAACUAAAACUGCACAUGCAGAGGAGGGGGGGCCAGGAGGCGGGACGAGGAGACAAGCGCAAGUGGAGGAGGCAAGGUCGCAUAUUGCAGCGCACUCACUGACUGAUAAACAAGCAUUGCUAUUGUGUGGAAUAGAGUGGACUUUUCACGCCGAGUCCAUAGUCCAAGACUAUGACUAGCUGAGAAAGACCCGGGGGACUUACAGAGAACGAUGCCACGAACGAAGCAAAAUCACCCUAAAAACCUAAAAGACAAAAUUGAAGAGGCACAGAAAGAGCUAGAAGCUCCCAAAUGCACUCAUAAAGGUGUCAGUGAAAGUAGCGCUCAGAGAUGUUCAGAUGGUCUCAAGGGACUAAAGAGGAAGAAGUUGGUGGCAGAAAGCCAGCUCAAGAAAAUACCCAAGUCUCCAGUUAAGAAGCCCUCUCAGCAACCCAAGGAACCAGCACCAAAAUCGCAGCCUGCUACCAGUUACGUCACUCCUUCAAGUGAAGGCUCACCGUCUAGCACCGAUUCCAGCUCUUUCCCAAACAGCCCCUCCCUAAACACAGCACACCAGCAGCAGCAGCAGCAGCAGCAGCUAGGCACAGAGGAUGGCCAGCAGCCACAGCAGCAGGUGCCGCCAUCUCCCUAUAAAGUAACAACGAAAGGGGUAGAAGCCUCUUCCCUCGCAAAGCUGCAACCCCAGGAUCAACAGGCUUGCAGUGAAGACAAAUUGAACUUGUGCGACUCCCUUGAGAAAAGCUGGGAGCAAAAAUUAGACCACACAGUCGCCUCCAGUGGGCACACGAGUGCUCCUCUUGACGUGCUGCUCAAAGCGAUGGAGCCUGACUUUAACACGCUUGCGGAGAGGAGGCCGGUUGAGCACGCUGGUAAAAUGGCGGCAUCAGUUGCUAAUCAUUCCCCAGUACCUGCAGGGAUGACGGCCGUUAAAUACGACCUUCCAUCUCAACGUGGGAUCACCCAGCCAUACAAUUCAGCCAAACCACUCUACCGUGGCAGCCAUAUGCCCUUGGACACAUGUGUGGCGCCAGGUGCCAAACACUAUCAGACAACAGCUCGCAUGCAGCCAAUCCCCCCGCAGCAGCAGUUCAGCAUGCAAGCUGCAAGCCACCAUUCUGCCAAACCGGCUCACCAUAAAGGCUACGGGGCAGUCCAGUCCCCUGCUGUGACCCAUUCACCCAUUCCCUCACGUCCAAGUGGCCUGCCGCAGAGCCAACCUCCUGUGGUGCAAACGUGUCAGUCGCUCUCAGCCAGCGUUCCUAGCACAAUCCAAGUCCCAGUCACACCAGGGUAUAACCCUGUGCAGGUGGCCACAAUGAUCAGCUUGGGUGGCUUGGAUCAAGUGUGCAACAGUAUAACAUCAAAAGAGCAGAAGCCUAAAAAGCAAGGAAAGUAUGUGUGUGAGUACUGUCACAGGGCCUGCGCCAAACCCAGUGUGCUGCUAAAACACAUCCGGUCGCACACCGGGGAGAGGCCCUAUCCUUGUGUUACAUGUGGCUUUUCUUUUAAGACGAAGAGCAACUUGUAUAAGCAUAAGAAGUCGCAUGCCCAUGCCAUAAAACUAGGACUUACCGUGAGGUCUGACUCCCAAUCGCAAUCACAAGAGUCUGACAAGGGCCUGGGACCACACUCGGAUGACGAAAGUGGAGAAAGUGAGGAGGACAGCUGUACAGCGGAUUUUGAUCCAGACUCCUCACAGAGCAGUGCCACGGCCUUGUCUGAGAGUAGUUUGCUGAGCUCAGGUACAGCUCAAGGAAGUCAAAGUGAGUCGGACCAUUCUAUGACAUUCGAGACCCUAAAAUCUGCAAGUAGCCAAAAAGGUGCCGAGCCUAAAGUAACUGCAUUACUCCCUAAAGUGGUUGUUCAUCCAGUGAAUGUAUCUCCUCUUCGAGCAGACAGCCCAAGAGUGACUGACAUAACUCCAGAGCAGGCGACAGCCCAGCGACAAAGAGAGUUUCAGGCAGCCAGAUCAAAUAUCACAGUCCUGUCCUCGUUAAAAGAGGUAGAUUGUUCCAGCCCCUUACACGACUCCAUAAGCGAGGAUGAGGAUCCACAUGGCAAAGCACUUGGGGGUGGCCAUGCCCAGCUACAGAGGCAGCAGGCUACAGAUUGCUCUCAACAGCAACAGGGAAAGUGCCUGCUGAGUCCUCGUAGUUUGGGCAGCACUGAUUCAGGUUACUUCUCACGGUCAGAAAGUGCCGACCAAGCCAUGAGUCCACCAAGCCCUUUUGUUAAGAUAACUCCUCCAGCAGAAGCUGAUGUAUCCAAAAAUGUGCUGACUAAUCCCAAUACAGUUGUGGCUUCAGUAAUGCAUGUAACUGCUCUUGAUAAAACUGAUAUAUUAGAGGCGCAAAUGCGGCCUCCUUUGGACUCGAAAGCUCUGUCUCUAGAGGAACGCAUCUCCAAGUUGAUAUCAGACAAUGAAGCAGUUGUUGAUGACAAACAGUUGGAUAGUGUUAAACCAAGACGGACCUCUCUGUCAAGACGGGGAAGCAUUGAUUCACCAAAAUCUUACAUCUUCAAAGACUCCUUUCAGUUUGACCUCAAACCAUUUGUGAGAAGAUCUAGCUCCAGUUCUGACAUACCCAAAUCUCCUUUUACCCCAACAGAAAAAUCUAAGCCAGUAUUCCUUCUCUCAGUUCCUCCCCAGUACCCACAUAUGGACUCUUUGCCCAUAACAAGGAGUAAUUCAAUGCCCACAAAUCCCGGACAUUCGGCACCUCCCCCCAGUGCCCUGCCUCAGCCUCAUCCUUUAAGAAUCUGUCACUCAUUUGAUGAGAAAAUCAGUACUUUAAAUGACGAUGUCUUCUCAUCCACCCCAUCCACACCAAAUCCAUCACUGCAUCCUCGCACUCUGGUGAGACAGAUAGCAGUUGAGGAUUCAUCCACAAGUGAGGGAUUGCCCUCUGUUCGGUCUAUGGAUGAGGGUUAUCAUGGACCAAGCAUUACAACAGAAAUGCAGAGGAGCAAGUCCUUUGAGCAUGGGAACCGUAAACCUCCACUAAGCAAAGGAACCAUGUUUGAAUGUGAAACCUGUAGGAACCGCUACAGGAAGAGGGAAAACUUUGAGAAUCACAAAAAGUUUUUUUGUUCUGAGCUACAUGGACCGAAAAACAAGUCAAUUCCUGUCAAAGAUCCUGAGACAGAUGUGUGUCUGCAGAAAGUCUCACAGUCCCUGAUGACGAGAACAGUAGGCCCGUCAGUAAGUGUAGACCAGCCAACAAUGAUACGAAAACGGAGAAUGAAAAUGAAAAGUUUUGGAGACGAUGACGAUCAGUCUCCAACUGAUAAAACCCCACCAUGUUCUAGAAGCUUUGAUUCCUGUUCUAGAAGCUUUGAUUCCUGUCAGAUUCCCUCAGGAGUAUUAGCUGGUCAGUUUCCACAGAGAGCUGUGGUCGUCAACCUUCAACCUGCCAACAACAUGGGGCAGCUUGCAAGAGUGGCAGAAACUUCAGAGUCAAGGCUUUCCCCAGCAAUGGAUGAUAUCAGCUCUUCCUCUAAAGAGAGAGGUGAGAUGCAGCGACAAGGCAGUGGCACAUCUGUAAUUCGUCACACCAACUCUUUAAGCAGGCCAAAUUCUUUUGAAACGCAUGAUUCUUUUGACCAGUCCUCCCCAGCUGACCCUUUAGUGAAGGACCUACAGGCUGCAGUCGUGUCUAACACAGACUCCUCUCCCAACUCUACACUCCACAAUUAUCACAAAGAAAUGUCUAUACCCAAGGUGUCAAAUCAGAACAAAUAUAUUGGCGACUCCCCAAAAGAAUGUGCACCGCUGGUAGUAGCUAGUGAGAACAUAGCUCCAACUCAACAGUCAAGACUUGUUCGCCAGAGCAAUAUUUUAGUUCCUGAAAUUUUGGUCACAGAAGAACCAGAUCGGCAUGAGCAUGAGACUCGGGUAUUGGAGUCAACGGAAAAACCCGUAGACAAUUUCAAUUGGCCUCAGCGCAGUGAAAGCCUGUCUAAGUUGCCAACUGAAAAGUUGCCACCCAAGAAGAAAAGAAUCAGGCUGGCACAGAUGGAUCACUCUUCAGCAGAAUCCAGUUUUGAAUCCACGGUUUCCAGAAGCCUCAGCAGAGACAGUAGCUUGUCCCGAUGUUCAAGCAUUUCUGCUUCAUUUGAAAGGGAUGAAUCCCCUAGAUCUGACAGCCCAUCGUGCGACGGUGUCACCAAACUGCCAGAUACCCACGGACCAUCUGUAGCUUGCAAUACACUUGGUGUACCAGUAAUGAUGAGAAGGGCUGCCUCAGAGCAGAUUAGUUGCACCCAACCUUCCAUUGCAAACUCCUGUGACUACCGAAGCAAAUCUUUUGACUGUAGCAGCACAUCCCCGAACAGGUCACCCUCUCCCUCAGACAAAGCAAUGUUUAGAAGUGUUCAGCCUGCAAAAACUGCACAAGUACCCCUAAUUGAAAGGAGGAGAGGGCCACUAGUUCGACAAAUGUCUCUGAAGAUUGGUCCUGAGAGUCAGCAAGUUGGUGGUGGAAAGCACCAUACAGUUUCUCUUCAGAGGUCUCCCUCCUCAAAUGUUAUGUCUGUCCCUCAGCACAGACCUCCAAUUACCAACAGGCCGAGCUUAACUGAGCCUUUUAUUUUGCAUGCUGGAGAAACCUCUCUACCACAGAAGAAUGACCAUGUGAUCCAAAGUGUAAAUUUGGGUAGUCAAACUCAAUAUCCACAAAAAGUACAUGGGCUUCCGCAUCCGUGGCAUCAUUCCUCAACGGUUGCCUCGAGCCAAAAGCUACAAACUACUGUGCAAGUCGUAUCAUGUCAUGCGGGUCCACAAAGCAAGGCUGAGGAAAUGAGCAAGAACCUUGUCCCCAUGUAUCAGCUUCAAUACCCAAAGAAUCAAACAUUCUCACAUUCCGGUCUGAAGGGAGCACAGAUUACCUUGCCUGUGGGAAGUGAAGUCAUCAAUGCAUCAAAGGAUCUUCAGGGAAUACAAAAUGUAUAUGUUGCACCACAGAGCCAUCAGGGUACUAAUAACAAGUCGUCCAUUGUUGUGUCACGUCAAGACGUUCAAGGAGAUCCCCCAUCACAGAGCCGAGCACAAUCAAGCACAGUGCCACAGAUCUUGAUAACUCAUGAACAGAUUCAUCCUGUUUGCACUACUGUUUGCAAGUCCAAUAUGGCCACCAUGGGAAACAACACUGGCACAGACGUCCACCUGGAGAGGCCCCAAACCCAGAUAAAGCCUGGGGGGGACAACAAACAGGAACACACCUCUGCCUCUUCAUCUCCUUGUUCUUUGCACUGUUCUCAAAAAAUGGCAUCGGCUAGCCUUUGCCCACAACAGGAACCCACUGCUUCAAGCAAACGCAUGCUUUCUCCUGCAAACAGUCUUGACAUUGCCAUGGAAAAACACCAAAAACGAGCAAAGGACGAGCACGGAGCAGCGUGCCAGCCAACGGAUGGUAGAUCUGUCAAUUAUCUCAAUUCCAAAAUGGCUGAUGUGACUCGUCAACGCAAGCUAACUCUUGUCAGACAAGUCUGCACGACUGAACCUGUAGAUAGUCCAAUUGAAACUGAAGCACCACAAGACAUUGAAAAGCUGGAGCCCAGCAAAGACGUCCAAUUACAUGAAACCAGCCACACAACAACACCUGAGAUACCUGCGCAAAUGGCAGAGGACAAGCCCCCUUCUCCAACAGACCAACAGAUGCAGAGUCCUGUUAGUCGUAGCUCUCCCUCUGUCCAGGCGUACUCAGUCCCUGCACACGCAACACUGAAGCCACAGGAAAGGUCAGAGGAGCAGCGUUGGUCUCCAGGUAAACCUCCUCUACGCCCCCCCACCCUCCAAGGGCAGGUAAAACUGGCAUCCUCCGUCUCUGUCGUGAACCCCAGGGACAGUCACCGCCUGUCCUUCCCCAGCCUGAAGACCACCACCACGUUCACCUGGUGUUACCUCAUCAAGAGGAAGCCGCUGCACGUCAUUCAGAUGGACCAGACCACCUCUGCAUACUCCGCUUGGCCCGUUAGUCAGAGCAACCCCAAUCCCUUGGGUCUACCGACCAAAGUAGUCAUGUCUCUGUUUGAUUCAAAGCAGACGUCCAAAAAAAUACACUACACCCAAGCAAAAACUACAAGUUUGAAGGCAGAUAUACUGACAUAUUCCAGCAAGCUGAAGGACAUUGUGGCCAAAGUUUUAAUACCUCAGAAGUCUUUCAGCACUGAGAGUAAGGGAAAGGUGCGAUCUGACUCUCUACCUACUAACGAGGCUGACAGAGGGACCCUGUCCAAAGCAGAACCUGUGCGAAUCAAAAUCUUUGAUGGAGGCUACAAAUCUAACGAGGAGUAUGUUUAUGUCCGUGGUCGUGGUCGUGGAAAAUACAUUUGCGAAGAGUGUGGCAUUCGAUGCAAAAAGCCCAGCAUGCUUCGCAAACACAUUCGCACCCACUCAGACGUUCGACCUUACCACUGCACCCACUGCAAUUUCUCUUUCAAGACUAAAGGUAAUCUAACAAAACAUAUGAAGUCAAAAGCCCACAGCAAGAAGUGCUUGGAGAUGGGAGUAUCUGUGGGCUUAAUUGAAGAUCAGGAUGCAGAUGAUUCAGGAGACAAAGGGCGAGGACAUGGUGCCGAUCGGCCAGAUUCGGACGGGGACGAUUCGGAUGGUCCAGAGGAUGAGGAUAAUGAUGGUGAGGAGGAGGACGAGGAGGACAGCCAGGCAGAAUCGGGCCUCUCGGCCACCCCGUCUGUCUCAGCCAGCCCCCAGCACCUGGGCUCAGCGGCCCCAGACAUGGCCCCCAGCUCGCUUUUGGCACAAAUGACCAUCAGCUCGUCACAGCCACCAUCAGCACCACCAGCUCAGUUCCACACAGACCUCCCGGCGUCCCCCCAGACCCGCUCGGUGGCAGAGUCUGAGUCGGACUCUGUCGCUAUGCUCAGCCCCAUCUCGCCCACCAAGCAGAUGUCCAUUUCGGCCAUGAUCCCCGGCCCGAGCCCUGCGGUGGCGAUAGCGGCUACAUUCACACACUACCCGUUCACCACUCCCAGCGCUACCACCACCUCCAUGGCCUUCACCUCCUGCAGCUCCUCCUCCAUGGCCUUCACCUCCUGCAGCUCCUUCUCUGCAGCAGCAGCAGCAGCAGCAGACCUUCACGGCUCAGACACGGAGUCUGUUCACAUGAUGAGUCCCGUGUCACCCUGCAGACAGAUGUCCAUCGACUACCCCGACUUUGACGUGCCUGCCAGUCCCCCGUCGACAACGUCGGGCAAGGGUUCCAAGCUCAGCCAGAGUGUCAGUGGCAGCCACAGUGCACCCACAACAAGCUCAACAAGUGAGGCGCCCGGGGUCCCUGUGGACCGCGGCACUCAGACCCCAUCCUUCGCUCCAGUGGGCCCUCUUCCUCCUCCUCUGCACUUCCCUUCCCCAGGUCCGAUGUCCAUCAUAGGAGACUCUGGGGCGCCCACGACGCAUCUUUUCAGCCACUUGCCCCUGCACUCCCAACAACCCGCGCGCUCCCCCUACAGCAUGGUGCCCGUGGGCGGCAUCCAGCUAGUGCCCGCAGGCCUGGCCGCCUACUCCACGUUUGUCCCCAUUCAGGCUGGCCCCGUCCAGCUCACCAUCCCAGCCGUGAGCGUCAUCCACCGCAACCCGAGCCCGCUGCCUGGGGCAGGACCAGGCGACACUGCCAACGCACCACCAGCAGCAGCAGCGCGGCCCGAGGGUUCACCAACCACCCAGCACUCAUUGCUACUCCAAGAGGGUGUGGGGAACGUACUCUCAUGCUUCCCGUUGAGCCAGAUGUCGGGCAUUCAGAGUUUGGCGGGACCUCAGGCGACGCUGCAGCCCAUGGGGCUGGAGGCGCUCAGUGUCAUGGGCCUGGCAGCUAGCUCUGGGCUCGGGCCGGCGGCAGCCCACCUACUUCCGCAGCAGAACCUGGGGCUCGGAGUCGGCGCCACCUUAGGUGUGCAGGUCCUGGCUGCUGCGGCGAGCCCCGCUGUCCAGUCCAACACACCCCACCACCACACAUCCCAGACACAAAUCCCCGGCCUCCAGAUCCUGAAUAUUACCCUGCCAGCCGUCAUACCCUCCCUCAGCCCCAUGUCCACGCUAAGCCCCUUGCCCCCCUCCUCCGCCACCUCCGACAAGCCAGGCAACGUGGAGGUCAAGGCAGGCCAUUGUCUAGCAGCACCGCCCCGGAGCCCAUUGUCUGUUUGCACCAUUGCUGACUCCACUCAAGUGCUGACUCUAGCCGCCAGCCCUCCUGCGCUGUCAGCCUCCGCAGCGUCCCCACUAGCACCUGUCGUCGUCACGACAACCCCUGCCGCGCCAAAAGGCACCACACCAGCGCCGGGCAGGCUGAGUUCAAGCCUGGAGUUCGGGGAAGGGGACGCGGCCACCACCGCCAGAGCGCAGCCUGCUGCUGGGGCAUUGAAGAGGCAAAGCAGGUCUCCGCCGACACACCAGGCGCUGUCCUGCCCUGCUUCUAUUGACGGCAACUUGCAUGCACCUCAAGCGAUCCACCCUGGGGGCUCAGGCAAGGGGAAACCCCCUCACAAGCACACUAGUCUCGGGCCCUCGUCGUCGCUUCUUGCCGACAAUUGCAGCGAGGCCUCGAGCGAUGACGAAGACAGGCUAGUCAUUGCCACCUGAAUGUUUUAAUUGAGAUGUUUCUCUCUCUCUCUCCCUCUCUUCUCAUUCUUUUUGUCUCUCUUUUGUAACUCCUCUCUAUUUCUUAAGUCUCUCUGGCUUUCUCACUCUGUUACUCCAAUAAUUUGUGAUACUUCGUCACUUUGUAAACUGAAAACACUUAAGGAAGUCUGUGAGCUCUGCAGGCCACCUGUAAAAAAAGCACAUUUUCUGACAUUGAUAUUCUAUGUGCAAUCUUGUAUGAUGAUGACCAAUCAUUUUUUUUAUUUUUACUUUCAUUUUGAUUCUGGACAGUUUUCGUUUUCUUUUUUUUUUGUACAUGUUGUAUAGACAAUUGUGCCUUUUGAAGUUUCUUGUUUAGGAGACUGUACAUACUAUCUCACAUCUCAAUAGUUGGCUUGUGUUACGUAGAUGCAUUUUAUGAAGUCAAAAAGAGAAUUAAUGGUCCAUGUCAAAUGUAAAUAAAUGGAAAAAAUAUCAUGUCAUGUAUCAAUAUAGCAUUUCUAUGGCUUUGGGCAAUGUGUAUCUGUGUAUAGAUGUUGUGUUCAUCUAUUUAUUAUAUUCCACAUAGUGUCCACCACAAUGAGGUAUGUGUUUAAAGAAACACUCCACCAUUUUUUGGAAAUAUGCUUCCACAUACCCUCAAAUUUUCCAAAUAACCUCAAGUUAACAUUAUAACCUUCUCCGAUUUAUCCAGCCAUUCUCUGAUUUGUACAGUAGUCGCAGCUAAUUUCGUACCAAUCUCUUGCCUGCGCUGUGACUGUUCCUAGCCAGGUGUAGCUCAAAGCACCUUGGAAGUGUCAUGGAAGUGUCUUGGUAUGCCCAUUGAACGGGAGAAUAUAGAUGGCAUGGAUCACUGAAACAGCACCUAGUGAACAGCACCUAGUGUCCAGCAGGUUCAAUCCGGUUCAAUGAUGAUGCUAGCUUGGAACUAGGAUCAACACCACCACACUCGGAGAAUGGCUCAAACAUUCUUCAAUUGUCUCAGCAUCGUGUCACUUUAUGCAUGUCAAAAACUCAGUCAAACCCGCCCCCACACCAAUAACAUUUUGGCCCUAGCUCAUUGUAUACGUCUUAGCAUGUAAAAUUAUUUACCAUGCUGUCAUAACACGUUAAGCACUAUCUAAUUUCCUUUAGAUUUUUGUCUGUAAAUGCGAUCUGAAUUGGUAAAUUGCUCUCUGGUAAAUCUUGACUUUUUCCUAAUGAAAGGCAGUGAAAGAAAAUAAUAUAUAUUUUUUAACAUUGACUGAACAGGCAUGUCAUAUAGUGGGCACUGUUCUACAUUGCACCUAGUGUGCCCUGUAUAAUUAUGCUCCACACAAAAAUUGCAAAAUUGCAUUUUCGCACAUUUAUUUUGCUUUACAAUUCUAUUUUUUCUCCACUCAAACAAAAGAGGUUAGUUGUCAUGAAACCUAAACCACAUUUGACAUCAGAAAAACCCUCUGAAGUGCACAAUUUAUUUACCAAUAUUACUGCUCAAUUUGAUUAGCUUAUCCAUAACACAAUGAAUAAACACGCUGAUGGCACUGGCACAUUAAUUGACACAAAAACUUGUUUUGUGACAUUUUGAGCAAGGGACUGCCUUUAGCAGGUAAUCCACUCACUUUUGCUGUUUGUUCUAACGGUUUUGAGAAAUUACUUGAUCUUUUGCAAAUUGCUAGAGAGAUUCGAGAAAUUGACCAAAGGGAAAAACGAACUCGAGGGGAGGUGUAAAAUGUCCAUAUAUCCUCAAAUGGUGGAGUGUUGCUUUAAUCGUGGCUUUACAUUGUUGUGUAUCUAUACCAUCAAAUGUAUCAGUAAAUAACUUUGUUUACAAAUGUU